CAGCGAUUCAUUUCUCUGCUGUUGGUCUUAACGCAAUGGUUGUAAUGAUUUCCUUUUUCAAUAUAUUUAAGUAUAUUUUAGUCUAAUGAAUGUCAGGAUGUAGGUCAUUGCAGCGAAUAAAGGUAAGACUUGAGGCCUUAGUAUCCAGAAUCAUCAUCGUCACCGCCCUCUUCAUCAUCGCCAUCCUGGCCCAUGUUAUUCUCAUCUCCUUCGUAGCUCUCAUCGUAGCUCUCCUCGUUGUUCUCCUCGGUGUUCUCCUCGGUGUUCUCCUCGGUGUUCUCCUCGGUGUUCUCCUCGGUGUUCUCCUCGGUGUUCUCCUCGGUGUUCUCCUCGGUGUUCUCCUCGGUGUUCUCCUCGUUGUCCUCUACGGGUGUAGGAUUCUCGAAUCCACUGAUGGGCGCAUUGUGCUGGUUAUCAACAUCCUCAUCUUCGCCGCCCACGGUCAAGUCGGGAUCAGACGAAUCGUUCUCGUGAUCGUCCUCAAGGUUCGAGGGGCUGGGAUCCUCCGAGUUUUCAUCAUUGUCAUCUCCGCCAAGAGGGGUAGUGGGAUCCAAUUCAGUAGGGUUACCGAGCUCGAUCUUCUCAGUCUCAGAACCGUUCUCAGGGACCUCCUGCUGCUCCUCGUCAUUGUCUCCGUCAAGAGGGGCGGUGGUGUUAGGGUCGGUGGAAUUGUCGAGCUCGUCCUCGGUCUCGCCAGUCUCAGGAUCGUUCUCGGAAUCCUCCUGCUGCUCUCCGUCAAGAGGGGCGGUGGUGUUAGGAUCGGUGGAAUUGUCGAGCUCAUUCUCCUCGGUCUCAGUCUCAGGAUCGUUCUCGGAAUCCUCCUGCUGCUCUCCGUCAAGAGGGGCGGUGGUGUUAGGAUCGGUGGAAUUGUCGAGCUCAUUCUCCUCGGUCUCAGUCUCAGGAUCGUUCUCGGAAUCCUCCUGCUGCUCUCCAUCAAGAGGGGCGGUGGUGUCAGGAUCGGUGGAAUUAUCGAGCUCGUCCUCGACCUUCUCAGUCUCAGGACCGUUCUCAGGGACUUCCUGCGUCUCCUCGUCAUUGUCUCCGUCAAGAGGAGAGGUGGUGUUAGGAUCGGUGGAAUUGUCGAGCUCGUCCUCGGUCUCGCUAGUCUCAGGACCGCUCUCAGAAUCCUCUUGCUGCUCCUCGUUAUUGUCUCCAUCUACGGGAGCAUUCUGGAGAUUCAGAGGGUCGACAUUGUUAUCGGUCUCGGGGGCACCAAGCAGGCUAGGGUUCUCGAUCACUUCCUUCUCGGUGUUCUCACUUCCGGGGACAGUCUGAGGGGUUUCCAGCUGAUUGUCCUGGUUUUGCUGCAGCAGUUGCUGCUGCUCAUCCUCGAGCUGCUCCUGCUCUUCCUGAGUCAGGCCAGGGUCCUGCUCAUCCUCGUUCUGAACCUCCUCGUUCUCUCCAUCCUGGUACUCAUCGUUGUUACCGCCAGCCCCAUUCAGGGUCUGGUUCAGGUCCUCAGUGGCGGUGUUGGGGUCGACUUCCUGCUCCUGCUCAGGUUCAACCUCGAUCUUGGCCGGGGCGAGAGGAUCGACCUGAGUGUUGUCGAGGGUCUGGUCAUCCUCCUGUUGCUGCUGCUGGUCCAGCUGAGGGACAUCAGGCGAAGGGACAGUGGGCGAGGGGACAGCAGGCGAGGGGGCAGCAGGCGAGGGGGCAGCAGGCGAGGGGGCAGCAGGCGAUGGGGCAGCAGGCGAUGGGGCAGCAGGCGAUGGGGCAGCAGGCGAAAAGACUAUCUCGGGCAGACACUGAGAAUGGCAGUCGUCAAAGGUCAGGACGCAGGAGCUCAUUAUGUUCGAGUUGAGCAAGCAUUCCUCCUCGUCCCGGAGGCAAUCUUCGAUGCAUUGGAACUCAGAGGAGGCUAUUAAAAGGGCCAAAGCAAGUGCGAGAUUCCGGUUUUUUUAGAUUCGACCGUUGGAACUCGUUCAUUUUAGGUACAGGAUGUUCCAGACAACAAGGACUUACAGUCUUGUGGG